AUGGUACGAAACGAGGCUUUUCUCCGUGAUGACAUCGAUCAACUUUUCUCCGCUCUUUUCAGCAAUGCAUCAAAGCAAACACGAGUGGUAACAAACACGCUCACCGAAUUUUUCUCUUUAUCCGAUCGACGAUCUUCAUCAGCUGCUGCAAAAAUCGCGCAGACUUUAGUGACGACAUUUUAUGUACCUGAAGUAGCUGAAGAGCUGUCGAUGUUGAUUUGUGACAAAGUGAUCGAGGAACUCGACGAGUGGUCUGGGUUGUUCGAAUCUCUUUUAAGUAGAUACUACCAUUUGGUGACUGAGAAGACCAGAGAGAAGAUGCUCAAAGUGAUCGAUGGUCUCUUAGCGAAAACGGAUCAGCCACUUUAUGAACAU